AGAGGAUGCUCCUUACUACUUCAGGGCAGCCUUAUCCACAGGCUAAACCGGUGCCCCAGAGUCGAAUCAUUGUAUCAGCAAGAUUCCUGAAACCCAUCAAAGAGCCCUGUGCCAUUUUUGUGGUAGCGAAUGGUGAUGUGUUGAACCCAGCGUUAAGGCUGCUGAUACCCCAGCGGAUACUGGGCCAAUACGACAGGGUUCUGGAGAUGAUCACUGACAAAAUGGGUUUGAGAAUCCUGGGGUGUGUACGAAGCCUUUACACCUUUGAUGGAAAUCAUGUGAAUGAAGGAAAGGACUUGGAGAGUGGACAGUUUUACGUGGCUGUUGGGAGAGACAAGUUUAAAAGACUUCCUUACAGUGACCUUCUGUUCACCAAACCAAGGGGCGUACGAAGGACUACAGGAUCCAAAGCUUCCUCAUUACCGCCCAUAUACACAUCUGGAAAGCAAAACAGAAACAGUUUGACGGUGCACCACAGUAAGUCUAUGUGGCGGUGCAGAGAGCCAGCAGACUCCAAGAUAUCUACGCAUGACAAAGACCGCACGUUGUCCAUCGCCAGGCAGAUCUCCCAGCAGAGACUCAUGACCCUCAGGAAGAGGAGGAGUGGCCUCAGCAUCUCCCUGGGAACACAGGACAACGACGAGGAGGUGCAGACUGAUGAAGGCCCUUUAGAGAAUACAGACCAGUCUCCACAGAGUGACCUGUCCACUGAAGAGGUUAAACACAGCUCUCCACAGAGUGACCUGUCCACUGAAGAGGUUAAACACAGCUCUCCACAGAGUGACCUGUCCACUGAAGAGGUUAAACACAGCUCUCCACAGAGUGACCUGUCCACUGAAGAGGUUAAACACAGCUCUCCACAGAGUGACCUGUCCACUGAAGAGGUUAAACACAGCUCUCCACAGAGUGACCUGUCCACUGAAGAGAAGCCAACAGAGGACAGUAAAUCUACUGACACAGAGGAGAGUCCAGAGGGAGAAAAAGGUGAAAAGGAGGAGACUGCAGUAGCUGAGAACUCCACAGAGGAACAAGGUGAUAACAAGGAAGAGAUUACUAAGACCACAGAGGAACAAGGUGAUAACAAGGCAGAUAUUACUAAGACCACAGAGGAACAAGGUGAUAACAAGGCAGAUAUUACUAAGACCACACAAGAACAAGAUGAUAACAAGGAAGAGAUUACUAAAACCACAGAGGAACAAGAUGAUAACAAGGAAGAUAUUACUAAGACCACACAAGAACAAGAUGAUAACAAGGAAGAGAUUACUAAAACCACAGAGGAACAAGGUGAUAACAAGGAAGAGUCUACUAAGACCACAGAGGAACAAGGUGAUAACAAGGAAGAGUCUACUAAGACCACAGAGGAACAAGGUGAUAACAAGGAAGAGUCUACUAAGACCACAGAGGAACAAGGUGAUAACAAGGAAGAGUCUACUAAGACCACAGAGGAACAAGGUGAUAACAAGGAAGAGUCUACUAAGACCACAGAGGAGGACUCAGAUAGUGUGGUUGGGGAGAAGAGCCUGGAGACCAAGCUACAGGGAAGUCUGGAGAACCUGGUCCUGGAGAAAUGAAGGAUGGAGAGGGGAAGGAGAGAGAGAGAAGGAGGAGGAGGCACCGGCUAAAGCUGAGGAGGUUCAACAGAUGGAAAAGAGGAGAAAGAGAAAGUGGAUAGAGGAGGAUGAGAUGAAUCAUACCAUGUGGAAAAGAAAGAUGAGGAGGAAGUAGACAAGGAACCUGGAACUGAGACAGAUUCUGAGACAGAGGAGGGAGGAAGUAGACAAGGAACCUGGAACGGAGACAGAUUCUGAGACAGAGGAGGGAGGAAGUAGACAAGGAACCUGGAACGGAGACAGAUUCUGAGACAGAGGAGGGAGGAAGUAGACAAGGAACCUGGAACUGAGACAGAUUCUGAGACAGAGGAGGGAGGAAGUAGACAAGGAACCUGAACUGAGACAGAUUCUGAGACAGAGGAGGGAGGAAGUAGACAAGGAACCUGGAACUGAGACAGAUUCUGAGACAGAGGAGGGAGGAAGUAGACAAGGAACCUGGAACUGAGACAGAUUCUGAGACAGAGGAGGGAGGAAGU